CCGAAUUAGAGCGCGACGCCCGCUUGUGCCUCAGAUGUCCAAUCUCUUGCUCGCCUUGGCAACCGACACUUCCGGAAUCCAGGAGAUACCGGAAAGACACUCGCACGCUUCCGGUGCCGCUGUUGUCAUUUCUUAGGGUCCUGGUGGCGCUGGGGGCCGGUGAGCCGUCACGCCUGCAGGUCGUGCCGGGAAGGGAGGUGCGGCCAGCACUCGGCCGCGUCGCCGGCGGGUGCCGGGGUGCCUGUCCGAGGCGAGUCGCCUCGUCCUCGUUCCGCGAGGUCGGCUCGGGUUGGAGCCUGUGCGUCAGUGCUGCACGCGGCAGACCCGCCAGGUACACAUGUGCACGUCUGGCAGCCAGUCCUGCCUUCUGAGUCUCCCCAGGAAAUGGAGCCCACAUCUGUGUAAACUGUAGAGUUGUGGUACGAGAAAUGGUCCAGCAGAGGUAGGGGUGAAAACGGUCCAUGGGGUUACGGAAUCGAUACUACUGGUGUACCUGGAGAGACCAGCAAGGCUUGAGUGACACUUCUGCACUUCUUUCUUGACUCUGAAAAACAGCUCCUGCAAUUUGAAUCAGAGACUCGUUUUCAGUGUGCCUGCUGUAGCUGGAACUAGCUUCUUUUGGGGAUCACAAUGACCAUGGAAGGCAGGGGAACAUUAGGUCUUAUCCCCAGGACAGCUGGGUAUCAGAAGCAGGAGGGGAGCUUGACUGUGAAGCAGGAACCAGGAAGCCAGACCUGGGGACAGAGCUGCAGCUUCCAGAAGAACUACCCUCCUGUCUGUGAAAUCUUCCGGCUACACUUCAGGCAGUUAUGUUACCACGAGAUGUCUGGGCCUCAAGAGGCACUGAGCCGGCUCAGGGAGCUCUGCCACUGGUGGCUGAUGCCAGAGAUCCACAGCAAGGAACAGAUCCUGGAGCUGCUGGUGCUGGAGCAGUUCCUAAGCAUCCUGCCCAGGGAGAUCCAGAUGUGGGUACAGCUCCGUCACCCUGAAACUGGCGAGGAGGCUGUGGCUGUAGUGGAGGAUUUCCAGAGACACCUUAGUGGGUCAGGGGAGGUUUUACAUCCAGGACAAGAACAGGAUAUGCGUUUAAAGAAGAUGAUAUCUCUGGAUGCAAUAGAACAAUCGCCUACCUCAACCUCCAGUCAGGGCUCGGCCCCUGAACCCCACUGGGAUCCUCCUUAUGACCCUCAUGGACACUUCGCAACAUGUAAGAACAGGAUGGAAAGUUCUACAUACACUCCAAAGCAUGGCAUUUCUAAAGGGUCAGGUUCAUUGGACCCAUCCCAAGGGGGACUCUUUGGAGUAGCCUUGGCAGAGUCUGGAGGUGGCUGUGAGGACCCUUCAGCACGGAUGGAAGAGCAGCCCUCAGAUGAAGAAGGGAGUGAACUAGAAAGUGGUUUCUUAGAAAAGAAAGAUAAGAAAAAUUCCACAAAAGACAGAAAUGAGGAAUGUAACGAUGUAGAGGAACAUCCAGAUCUUUCCUCUAGGUCUGUUGAGCAUCAGCUAGAAGCAAAGAGACAAACGUUCUAUAAAUGUGAUGAAUGUGACAAAGUUUUCAACCAGAGCUCACUCCUCCUUGGACACCAGAGAAUCCACACUGGAGAGAAACCCCAUGAAUGUAAUGAGUGUGGGAAGACCUUCCGACAGACACCUCAGCUAAUUGUUCAGCUCAGAACACACGUAGAGGAAAAACCUUUUUUUGAAUGUAGUGAGUGUGGGAAGACUUAUCAUCACAGUUCCCAUCUUAUUCAACACCAGAGACUCCAUGAUGGGGAGAAACUUUAUAAAUGUAAUGAAUGUGCAAAAGCUUCCACUCAGAAUUCCCAGCUCAUUGACCACAAGAGAACCCAAACUGGGGUCAAACCUUAUGAGUGCAAUGAGUGUGGGGAGGCAUUCAUUCAGAGUAAAAGUCUCAUCCAACAUCAGGUCCUUCACACUGGUAAGAAGCCCUAUGAGUGUAAUGAGUGUGGGAAAACAUUCUGUUCCAACAGAAACCUUAUUGACCACCAGAGAAUCCACACUGGAGAGAAGCCUUAUGAAUGUAUUGAGUGUGGCAAGGCCUUUAGUCGAAAUAAAUGUCUUAUUCGACACCGGAAUCUCCACACUGGGGAAAAACCAUACAAAUGUAGUGAAUGUGGGAAAGCCUUCAAUCAGAACUCUCAGCUCAUUGACCAUGAACGAAUUCAUACUGGAGAAAAGCCUUUUGAAUGUAGUGAGUGUGGCAAGAAAUUCAGUUUAAGUAAAUGCCUUAUUCGGCACCAGAGACUUCACACUGGAGAAAAGCCCUAUAAAUGCAUCGAGUGUGGAAAAUCCUUUAAUCAAAACUCUCACCUCAUUAUACAUCAGAGAAUUCAUACUGGUGAGAAACCUUAUGAGUGUAAUGAGUGUGGGAAGGUCUUCAGUUACAGUUCUAGCCUUAUGGUUCAUCAAAGAACCCAUACUGGUGAAAAGCCCUAUACAUGUAAAGACUGCAUGAAAGCCUUUAGUGACAGUUCACAGCUUAUUGUGCACCAGAGAGUUCACACUGGUGAGAAGCCUUAUGAAUGUAUUGAAUGUGGGAAAGCCUUUAGUCAGCGUUCCACUUUUAAUCACCAUCAGCAAACUCACAAUGUGGAGAAGAAGCCCUCAAGUCUGCUUCAGACAACAUCUUAAGGCAUGGUUCCCUGAGAUAGAGAACAAAGAAUUUUGAGUUAGUAUUGUUUAUAAAAAUAUUUAUCAGAUUCUUGACAGGUGGUGGUGGCGCAUGCCUUUAAUCUCAGCACUCGGAGGCAGAGCCAGGAUCUCUGUGAGUUCAAGACCAGCCUGGUCUACAGAGCGAGAUCCAGGACAGGCACCAAAAAUACACAGAGAAACACUGUCUGGAAAAAUAAAAACAAAAACAGAAGAAUAUUUACCAGAUUGUCUUUGCAGCAUUGAUCAAAUGGCCAUUGCUUAGCACCUUCUGUCUGGCCACUCAGGUAGGAGAGCACUAGUAACUCAGUAGUCUCUCCUCAUGCACCAUUGGAGAAGUAUGAACAUCUUUUAUUUGCUUCUAACUUUUAUUUUUUAAACUAUCUUAAAAUAUAUCUCAUUUUUUAGUUUUGCAUUCCACAAUUUGUUUGUGAUUUUCAGACUUUGUUUUAACUUCUCCAUUUCACCAUUUACUCAAAGACAUACUACAAGAACCUCAUCACUCUUACUUUGUGGCUAUAGCUCUCUUCAUUUACUUUGCCCCCUCACAUUUUUUUUUAUUGUGUAUGUGUGUUUUGCCUACAUGUAUGUCUGUGUACCACUUAAGUGUCUGGUGCAUACAGAGGCCAGAGUAGGUCAUCAGACCCACUGGAACUGGAGUUACAGAUA